CUCCCUCUACACAGUUUCACACUGGCAAUGAAAGAAUAAGCUGGCUUUGUGUCUGCACUCUUAAAAGUUUUUCUUGUAGAACUUUUCUUCUGUCCCGUGAAACCUGACAAGGGUUUCUACAGUACCAAGAGGAGUAAACAUCGUGCACCACACAGUUAGUAAGUACACCACUGUCACAAUUGUGCUUUGUGUCUGUUUUAAACUCUCACCUUGUUAUGCUGCUCUGUGUCAAGCCAAAGAGGAAGCCUACAGUAGUGGGGACUGGGACCUGUAUAAGCAGGCCAGGAACAAGCUGACAAAGGAGAUCAGGGUAGCCAAAAGAAGCUGUCGCCCUGACGUAUGUGGUCAUGAAAUCCUUUGAAAGACUGGUGUUGAGCCACCUGAAGGACAUAACAGGACCCCUGCUGGACUCCCUGCAGUUUGCCUACAGGGUAAACAGGUCGGCGGAUGAUGCUGUCAAUAUGGGACUGCAAUACAUCCUGCACAACCUUGACUCCCCAGGGACGUUAUACUGUAUACUUAACAGUAGUGUUAAGAGUGAUUAUACUUAAUCACUGCUAAUCCAUUGCUUAUUUUCUUGCACUUCCCCUGCUUUGUAUGCUAGUGUCUGUUGACAAAAAUAUGUUCACAACAGUUAAGAUACUUUACAGUAAAGAUGCUAAUUAUUUCUGAAAAGUAGUAGAUGUUUUCAGCGCUAUAUUAUUAGUUUUCCAGAAUUUCAUGCAUGUAGAGGUCUAAUCUUAAAAGAAUAAUAUUACUUCAAGUUGUAGUUGAGUGACAGUUAAUUCUGUGGUUAACACUGCUAACUUACACCAAGAGGUUGCUGGGUGUUGUUGUACUCCUCUUAAUCCGGGCAUACACUGUACGAUUUAAGGCCAUUUUUGCCCCGAUAUCUGAGUCGUACGACUCUUUUUGGAGUCAGACGAUUUUCAGCUUCGUCGUGCGUCGUUUGUCUUGCAGUGUACAGGGGGGAGCGAACGUUCCGAUAAAUAUCUGACGUCAGAAAUUUGGGUCGGCCGACUUCAGCUUCUCGCGCGGUUGAAGCAGAGCCACGAGUCGAUUCCUCAAACUCCGUACCUUUUUCCUGACUGGACGAAGUGGCAAACAGUCAAUUUGGCUUUGAGGAUAAGAAAUAAAUAGUAUAUUAAAUAUAAUAAAAAGUCAAUGUGUUGGAGCAUAUCACUAGUAUGGAGGGUCCCUUCGCUGCUGAACAGUUAUUGUUUGUAAUAUAAUCAACUAUGUUAAUUGGCCAUACAGUGCAUGCGUGAGUCCUUAUACUGGGUGGAAACAGAAACUGGUCAAAGUGCAAAGUCUGCUUGUGUUACCUCCAUCUUCAAAUAUCUUCAUGUUUACAUUCCAUGCUUUUGGCAUCCUCUGGAUAGAGAUGACUCAUUCCAAGGCGAGGACAUCCUGACAACCUGUAAGAACAAGUUCUAGCCAACUAACCCUUCUCUACUAACCCUGCUCUUACCCGAGCUUCCACUUAUGCUCUGACAUUUUUUUUGACAAAAAACUGGAAAUUCCACAACAAGCUCAAACGACCCUCUCGUAACCAACUACCAGCCUUUUUUUGCCUGUGCCACUCCUUGAACUCAGACAAGUGUUGUAUACCUCCUCCAAAAAACUGACAUCGGCCAUUGAAAAGAAAAAUGAAAAAAAGGGACACGCCUCUGUGUAAGCAGCAGUCUACACCAUGCUUUGGAAAAGGUCAAACAGAUAAAAAUGAAAAAAAGGGACACGCCUCUGUGUAAGCAGCAGUCUACACCAUGCUUUGGAAAAGAAUUGCCAAGACUCUUCCCAAGAAUUUCAAUGAGCGAGGUGGAGGAGAGGGUUCGUCUCAUCGCAGAGAAGGUUUAUGCCUCGGCCCUGAAGGAGGAAGACACCAAGGAAACCAUGGCGCUGUUCACCGUGCCGGAAGACUGUCCCAUCGGUCUGCAUGAGAUCAGGGAGAGGGCGCUGCAGAGGGAGAUCGCUGAGCAGCAAUCUGAAGAGUCUGCUAGGAGGAAGAAGAGUUUCAUGCUGAAGCGCUCGCAGUCGGUAUCCUCACAGUUACCCAUCAGUGGUGACUGGGACCCGUCUUCGGCUUCCCCGAAGCUCUCAGCAGUCACCGCUGAGCCAGGUCUCCCUGAGGGCUUCCCAGACUUCCAGAGAGUUACCAUCAGCGGAGAUUACUGUGCAGGGAUCACAGUAGAGGAUUAUGAGCAAGCAGCACAGAGUCUCCUCAAGGCACUUUUCAUCAGAGAGAAGUACUCCAGGCUGGCCUAUCACCGUUUCCCCAGGACCGCUGCCCGAUUCCUCCGUGCUGCCAAAGAUGAGAAGUGGCGGGAGGAAGAUGAGGUCUUGCCAGACAUCUGGCCUUUCCCUCAUGAAGGGGAGGACCCAUAUUCCAUGGAGGGUAUUCCUGAGGACCUGAAUUAUGAGCUGCAGAUGAAGGAUGGCAUAGUUAAUGUUUACGACAAUGCAGAGGCCCUGAAACAACAGCAACCGCACAGCCUCCCUUACCCUGACCUUGAGACCUUUGCCAUAGACCUGAGCCAUGUCCUCGCUAUGAUAGCUGAUGGUCCAACGAAAACCUACUGUCACAGACGGUUGAACUUCUUGGCCUCCAAAUUCUACCUUCAUGAAAUGAUGAAUGAAAUGGCAGAGCUAAAAGAGCUAAAAGGAGUUUCACACAGAGACUUCUACAACGUCAGAAAGGUGGACACACAUAUUCAUGCUGCUGCUUGCAUGAACCAGAAGCAUCUACUGAAAUUUAUAAAGACCACAUACCAUACAGAGGCAGAUCGAGUGGUUGUGGAGAAAGGCGGUCAGAAAAUCACUCUCAAGGAAGUCUUCAACAAGCUCCACAUGGACCCGUACGACCUCACCGUAGACUCGCUGGACGUGCACGCUGGAAGACAAACAUUUCACCGGUUUGACAAGUUCAACUCCAAGUACAACCCUGUGGGAGCCAGCGAACUGAGGGAGAUUUUCUUGAAAACAGACAACUACAUCAAUGGAGAAUACUUUGCACGUCUCAUCAAGGAAGUAGCUAAAGAGCUGGAGGAGAGCAAGUACCAACAUGCCGAGCCCCGUCUGUCAAUUUACGGCCGCUCUCCCAGUGAGUGGGAGAGCCUGGCAACAUGGUUCAUCCAGCACAAGGUCCACUCAACCAACAUGAAAUGGAUGAUCCAAGUUCCCAGGAUCUACGAUAUAUUCAGGUCAAAGAAAAUAGUACCAAACUUCGCAAAGAUGCUGGAGAACAUUUUCCUCCCCCUCUUUGAGGCAACGGUCAAUCCGCAGCAGCAUAAAGAAAUACAUGUGUUCUUAAAAUAUGUGACAGGAUUUGACAGUGUGGAUGACGAGUCCAAACACAGUGACCACAUGUUCUCUUACAAAAGCCCAAAGCCUGAGGCAUGGACUACCGACGACAACCCUCCCUACACCUACUACCUGUUCUACAUGUACGCCAACAUCAUGGUGCUGAACAACUUGCGCAAGGAGAGAGGACUGAACACCUUCCAGUUCCGUCCCCACUGUGGUGAGGCUGGUUCCAUCACCCACCUGGUCUCCGCCUUCCUCACAGCUGACAACAUCUCCCAUGGACUCAACCUCAAGAAGAGUCCAGUGUUGCAGUACCUGUACUACCUUGCCCAGGUCCCGAUCGCCAUGUCCCCACUGAGCAAUAACAGCCUGUUCCUGGAGUACUCCAAGAACCCUCUGCGAGAGUUUCUACAAAAAGGCCUGUGUGUGUCACUGUCCACCGAUGACCCCAUGCAGUUCCACUACACCAAGGAGGCUCUGAUGGAGGAGUAUGCCAUCGCAGGCCAGUUGUGGAAGCUGAGCACUUGUGAUUUGUGUGAGAUAGCGCGGAACAGCGUGCUACAGAGCGGCCUUUCACACCAGGAGAAGAAACACUUCAUUGGUUCGAACUAUCUACAGGACGGACCAGGGGGCAACGACAUUCGGCGGACAAACGUGGCGCAAAUCCGCAUGGCGUACCGCUAUGAGACUCUGUGCAACGAGCUCAGUUUUCUAGUGGAUGCAGUGAAGACAGAGGUUGGCACUAUCCCUGCAGAGUGAUUGCGUAACCCAGCACAAAUUGUGCCUGGAUAUGUCCGGGGCAUCGGUUGCACAGGAAGCAUUAAAUUUUAUUAUUUUUCUUACAAAUGUUCCUAAGCCAGAUUUUUUUUUUUUUUUAAGUUUAUUCUUAACUUUUAAGUUGACAGUGGUGCAUAGAAAACUUUAUUGUCGGCGUGUAUUCAAAGCUGUGUGUAUGAACGUUUGCCAAUGUGUGAGAGGUUAAGAUGGUUUUUAUUUUCUUUUGAAGAGUCAGAAGUCUAGUUACAGAUAUGGACAUAUGAAAGCCUAACAUAGAAAGGAAACAAAAUGACCACUGCUCGGUGAAUUAUUGUGUCACUUCUGCAUAGAUGCAUGUUUCAAAAGACUCCAUAGCAAGUAUUUCCUUUUUCUUUUUUAAUUUAAGGCUGCAGUCAGAUUUGCCUUUUCACAAUUAAUUUGUUAAUUGCAGGUUUUUGACAGGUGCCAAUAAGAGGUCUGGCAAAUAUGACCAGACUGGUGCAAGUGUAACCGAAUCACAAACCGCUGUUGAACUGUGCGCAAUUAGAAAGAUUUGUUUUUCAAUUAUCCAUUAUCAAUUUCACGUUUGCAUAUAUAUAAAAAAAAAAACACAGAUGUGAAUGAAAUGAAAUAAAAAUGUUUUUUGCAUAA